AUGGGGUCGGGAAAGAUAGGGCUUCGACUUGUCUUGAGAGGCUGGGGAGGCCGACAGCGGCUGACAGGUAAAGAUUGCUGGAUGACAAGAACACAUCAGCAACGGCAAUCCACACAACACAUCAGCCAAACGGAGCACUUCCGUAACACUCCUCCGCCUCGCGCGAUGGUGCCAAAUCGAGCCAAGCGUUCAGUAAACUGAAGACUGUUAGGUGCAACUCAAGAGCUCGAGGACGGGAUUAUGGGGAAUUUCCUUCUUGCGGAUUUCCUGCCCUUGCCGGGCUUGGAGGUGGGAAGUCCCACGGCCCACGGCAGUCAAUGGAAUCUGGAAAAAAAAACUUAUCGUAACUUGCCUUGCGCAUGAACAAACCAUUAUUCUAAACGGUGCCUUCGAAUCGAUAGCCAGAUCGUCAUACGGCUUUUUCUUUUGUGGCUUUCUGAAGAGUCCAAAAACUAUCG